UCAGACCUGCUUUGGGUUUUUUUUCUCGGCAUGGCGCAGCAUCCAGAGCUCAUAAACACAGCAACACUGCCAAUCCCGUUUACGUGUCUAAAGCCAGAGGGAUAUGAUAGCACUGGAUCGGAGGUGUUUCUGUACUUCAACAGAAUGAGGUCGACGGGCUGAUUUUAACACCCUAGGUGAGUUCUGGAUGUGUCCAACUAUCCAUCCUUAGGAGCCCCUAAAAGUCCCUUAAUCUCUGUCUUCUCAAGUGCCAAAUUUACGUACUUAACAGUCGGUUAAGAAUGCCGGACCUUGUACUACUCCAAGUUCUCUUGUUGGUUGGGGCAUGUUUAUCCACUUGGGCUAUCCCAUUAAAGAGCACCUCCUCGCCACAGGAAAGACGCUGUGAUAGAAUAGAGCAACGAUCAAGAGACACCAAUGAACAUCCAGCAAGCCACCACGAUGAAAAGAUGUGUAUAAUCUCUUCCAUACACCUGGCCUCUUCCCCUCUUGUACAAGAACCUAGAGGAACAGCAGAUGUCUUAUCCAGUGGCAAGCACGAAGAGAUGAAGAUCGCAGUGACAGAUGCCAUCCUGGGACACGUUAGACAGAUAGAGUUGUUUCGGAGGAGUGCUAAAUCUUAUACACAAUACCAUGAAGAAAGCACUGGACCUACUGAUGAGAGUUCAGCUGAGGAAAAGAAUCAGAAGUUUUUACCUGCAUCUCCAUAUGAAUCAUUUUCUCUUGUGGAUCAUACAGUGGGACCUGGAAAUGAAAAUACAGAGAAGGAGCCACCCACAUCUCCAGAGAGUUAUGCUGAGCAGAAAGUUGGGCCAUCUAUAUUGCCAAUACAGCUGAGGACAGACAGACCUGCACAGACACAAGUUACACUGGGACACAGUGACUACAUCAGCUUACGUUACAGUGAUAUCGAAGAAGAUAAGGGGACUGUACAGCCUCUAACAAAACCUCGCCCAGUGAAACAGGACGGAGGAUGGGAGGUAAAGACGAUCAAGAACCAAUUUGAUGAGCUAAAGAGUUCGAGAGAAAUCUCAACUCAACCCCCGUUCUCUGCCCAUGCCUCUGUGAGCCAGCCUCCCAGGAACAUCAACUCAGCUGUUACAUCUCUAACCACUUCAGGCGGUUACGAUGGACAGACUGGAGGAUCUACACAGGACAAAGACAGAGCAGCAGAGAUAAACUUGUUUACAGCUGCAGAACAAGAUAAAGAAUUGGUACCUGGACUACUGCAGCCUGACCUGACCCUCAGUUCCAGACUGGCAGAGCUUGGAGUCACCUGGACAGAACCAGUUCAUUUACAAGGAGUAGAAGAAGCGAGUGUCUUGCCCUUGUUACAGGAAGUGGGCACAGACGCAACCAUGUCUUCUGAAGACCUCCCUUUGAUCUUUGAUGAUGUCACACCAUCCAGUAGUUCAGCGCUGGCAUCCGAGCUGUCUGUCGCCAUGGUGCCCGCAAGGGGAAUGCUCGGAGAGACAGAGCUAGAGCAAACACUCUCCAUGGAUACAGACCAGAGUCCUCAUCAGUCUUUUCCAGGGCCCUCGGAUUGGCCUUCACCAUGGCAGAUGUCAGGUGCCGAGAACUCGGAUACUGUCUCAUCAUCUCAAAUGCUAAUCAGCAGGCCUUUCUCUGAAGCAGACGUGGAGCGUAAUGAGAGGACAGAGAGGCUACAGAAUACAGAUAUCCUAACAACGUCUGUGGAUGUGCUUCGUUUGUCACCUUCUCCUGUGCUAGCCACCACUCAGAAGGUUGCAGACAUCAAGACGACUCACUCCGCAGUGUUGAAGCCAAUGUCAGGGCUGGAGGAACUGGAAUCUCAAGAGAAUGAGGAUGAAGAGGAUGAAUAUGCAGAUGACUCUGAGGAGGAGGAAGAGGAGAGUGAAGAAGAGUUGACUGAGGUUCCUGUGCAUUCUCCUACACAUCCUCCUUACAUCCUCAUUCCUCCUCCUCCGGUAUGGGGGCAGAGGAACCAAGGCCUCAUACGCAGCUGGGUUAAGCUGAUCCGAGAGAAGGCUGGCUAUGUUUCCGGGAUGUUGGCACCUGUGGGUAUUGGUAUAGCUGGGGCACUUCUUAUUGUCGGAGCCCUUUAUGGCAUCAGGAUGAUCCAUCGCAAGAGGAGGAACAGCUUGAAGCACCAGAGGAGAAAGCAAACUACAGAAGUUAGAAGUGGACCAGACCAAGCAAUGCUACUAGCUGAUAGCUCUGAAGAUGAAUUUUAAAUCCCUCAAAGAAGAAUAUCCAUCCCCACGAUCAUUUUAUAAAGGCUUCAGCCCUCUCACAAUACAACAAAGUCCUAACAACGCUUUUUUUUGGAAAAACGUCAGUAUGUGAAGUUAAUCUCGCACAUUUUACUAUGUUUAAUGUCACUCAAACAUCAGCAGAUUUCUAUGGGUUAAUAUCUCUGCAAAUAAUUGAAGUGCCAGUUUGGCCAAACAAUUUCUCAAUUUGGCCCCAGAUGUAGUAGUCCAUCAGCCAAGAAAUGCCUGCAGGUCCCCCAAGUGGUGCAACAGAAAAGCAUUUGCCCUAUCAUUAGGAGAUUACAAGUUCCAGACAAUGCAAGUUCCAGACAAUGCCUCAGCCAUUGUCCAAAAAACCAGAAUUGGCCAUGGGGAGGGAGGUGUGGCAUAUUCUCUCUCCCCAUUCUAUCACCAGCUAAUCAAGGGCAUCUGUCCUUAAGCAUUGCAUAUCAUCGAUACAAGCAUGUGAACAAUAUGUCCCAAAAUGGAUGAAGAUACAUUUCCAAUUUCAUUUGUGUAUUUAAUUUUCAACACAGACUUAUUCAUUAAACUGUUUAAAUAUGGAUGGUUUUACAUAGACAGCUAUGCCUUUUAAAGUACUUGAUCAUUUAGACAUCCUUGCUCAAUGCUCAACAAGAAGCCGUAAACUUAAUUUUCAGCUACAUUUGCCUUGUAGAUUCAGUCAGCGUAAAAGUCUUUAAAAUGGUUGAUUUUUGAAAAUUAAUUACUUUUUUUAUAAUCUGGAAUAUGCUUUUUUUUUCAAUUCAUGGAUUAAUGUGCAACAUUCUGACUACAUUCCAAAAAAUCAAAAUGCAGAACCAUUUUACAGUUGCAUUGUUGUGCACCUAGUUUUCAAAGUGCAUAUUGUGUGUCCACUGAUUCUGAAGUGCCAAAAUUUCUCAAAGGACCUGACUGGAAUAUUAGCAGUUAGCAGCUCUUUAAUCUGUUGGUAUGGUACAUAUGAUACAUUAAAUAGCAAAGACUGUAAACCCGAAAUAUACUGACAGUUCUACAAGAAAAAAAGUUAAUAUAAGAUUAUUCUAGACAUGAAAUUAUAGUUGUAGUUAAGUUACUUACUGACAGUUACUUAACAUGAGGUUACUAGCUAGCAGCAUUUGGCAAAGGUAUGUGACAUCUGUUGAUCUUAAAUUUUCUGAUACUGGAAAAAUAGGAAAAGCUAUACUGGAUUGUCAAUCCUGAAAGUGUUGAAAAAAUCAAUUUUACUUUUGAAAACUUGCUCAGUAAAGGUGUCUUAGAUGAUGACUACAUUUGAGGUAAUGAGAAAAUUAUUUUUGGCCAAACUGUUCCUUUGAAUAAACGGUAUAUUCUUGGAAUUGUGCAGAUUUCAUUUUCCUAUUUAUAAAUACUGACUGCAAUCCUACUGUAUUUAGAACAGAUCAAAUCAUUUUUGUGUGCAGAGCUCUUUGAGAAAAACUACAUCAUUUACAAAAUGAAAACGUUUCAUUAUUCUUUUUUUUAUGCAGCUGCUUAUGUAAUGGUAAUACAUUUUUAAGGUUUUGUUUUUUUUGCUAAUGCUAAUGGAUCAUCAAAAAAAAUAAACAGACAAAAAUCUAAGUUUUAUUGUAGUCUAAUGGAGUAAACUAUGUUUACUGUAGCCAACUUUCUGAAAGUAAACACAUGCUCCAUUAAUGCAUUCAAUGAACAGCUGUAUAUAGUACAUGCAUCAUGUUUGUGCAUAAAGUAUACAUUGUAAUGUACAAGGAUUAUUGCUGUAUUAUUGCUAAUUGUUGACAGCUUUUAAAUUUAAUGCAUUGUUCCAAUGCCUUUGUGACAAUCUAACAAAUUGCACUUGUACUUAUAAACAUUGCUUGUGUUUAUGUGGUACUUCUGUUGUCAUAAUGAGCAGUUUUUCUGUCUGUUACAUUAAAGGACCUAAGAAUAAAAAAAUAGAUUGUU